AUGGACUUUGUUGACAACAGCAAUCACAUGUGUCUGAUCUGCAACCAGACCAUCGUUGGGCUGCUGAAUUAUGUUGAACAUUUCAAGACUCAUGCUACACCAAAGGAAAGCCACAUUGUUGAUCAGACGUUCAGCCCAAAUGAUGUAAAAAAUGUAUUGGUCUCUGGCAGCCAGGGUGGUGGUUCCGGCAACCGCAACAAAGGCUUACAUUUGGACCGUCAGCAACAGACAGCUGAAAAUGCUGUGGAUAUCGAUACCUACAGUGGGGACACGUCCCCAAUGUCUGAAUUUAUCGAUAAUACUGAUGAAUUCACUGAAGCAGAUAUUGGAACAGAUGCUCUGUUGUCACCAAAACACUGCUCGGAUUUUUUCCAGUCGCUGGAGCUGAAAAGUGCAAACGAAGACAAUCCACCCAGACCCAGAAUCAAAGCUGUCCAGAGGCUAUCUAUUCUAGAAGACGACGCUCAUGCUGAGUCCCUGCUGCCUAUUACCAGUAUUCUGAGCAACCUGGAAUUCAGCAGUGAUGAUGACUUCAUUGGUGUUUCAGAUAAUGAAGAGGAAGGAGGGCAAGAGGAGAAUUUCUGGUUAAGUGAUGAUGGUGAUGACCAUACAUCAGCACAUCCUCCUCAUGGUCAUACAGGUGGGAAGUGGAGACCGGGGGAAGGCCCAAAGCCACGCAUGUCCGUCGCUGGGAAUUUGAAAUUGGGUUACCGUCCGGGACCAGCGUGCAGAAAGAAUAUUUUGAAAAAGCCGUGCAGAUCAAGGGGCAAUAAAAAUGACAUUGGCAAAACGUUUUAUUGCAAUGUUUGUCUGUCUUACUUUGCUGACCGCAAUGCAUACUCCUUGCACUUUAGCCAGUCAGAGCAUAAAAAUAUAGCCGAAGCCAAGAAACAGGAGAAGAUUACCACAGACUAUCUGGAAGAGUCUCAGGAUCAGGAGAACAUAUCAGUUUCAAGCCAACAAGUAAAGUAUCAUGUAUCGCCUGAAGAAAUGUCUCAGCUGAAGCCAAGGAGAGGAAAUGAUGGGUGUCAUUGUCCUGUUUGCAAUCUGUACUUUGAUAAUGCAGUUGUGUUCUCCACUCACUGUGAUACCAAACUUCACAAAGAUGCAAUGUUGAAAAGAGGUUUCAGAGAAUACAAAGGCAAUGAUGGUAUCAUCAUCAGAAUAAAUGUUCAUAAUGAGACCAUCUCUAAGGAUAAACAGGAAAAUGUGUGGUCUUCUAUCAACAAUUGCAGACCAGUUAGGGUCGAUGAACAGAAAGUCAAGGAAGCCGAGGAUCACAGCUGUCGCAUCUGUCAGAAGCAUUUUACCCGGAAGUACGAAAUGGCUCGCCACCUUUUGACCCGCAUGCACCGUGCACGUGCACUGAAACAUCCUGAGGCUGAAUCGGUGGAGAUGUUGAAUAAAUAUAAUAAAUACAUGAUCAGACUGAGUCCGUUUCAGUGUGGCAUCUGCCAGUACUACUUUAACCGGCAGAGAGACUUUCUCGACCACAUGGGCAGCUCAAGUCAUGUAGUCACCUGUGAGGACAUGCUGGGGGCCAUCACUUGUGUGGCCUGUAGAUUCCAGACCCACAGACACAGUGAGAUGAUGGAACACCUUCAGUAUGCAGAACACCUUGCCGCAGUAGAGAAACGACAUGGUGUCUGCAUCGUUCGAGAAAGCCACACCAGGAUCACCUGCAAGUUCUGUGGGGUCAGGAUGCAUUCGGCAGUCAGGAUGAAGAGACAUUGUCAGAAGCGGCACCGGGACAGACUCUCAGAGGUACAAGUCACCAUGGACAUCAAGCCAGUUGAGUAUCACUUGUACAGAUGCCCACUGUGUGAGAAAACCUUUCGUGCUAAGAGUCUGCUUCAGUUACAUUUCCUGAAGAUUCACAAGAACACGUCUCUUUUCAACUGCCUUGAGUGCAACAGAGGUUUCCUGGACCAGCGGCGACUGGACAAUCAUCUGCGGACACGAUUCCACGCUAAACGGGUUGUAGCCAACAAGAUCAAGGGGGCUCAGUUUAACAAAGUUGCUGCUUUGAAAAAGGCGGCAGUUAUGAAUGGAUUGAAAAAACGUGGCAGAGGUCGCCCCAGGAAAGAUGAAAACAUAAAAACAGCAGCUUCCAGGGUGAGAAUGUCUAAGCCAGUUUCAGAUACAAUUAAAGUUGCAAGCAAAGAUCCAAAACCAGAAACUGCGGCUGCUGCUGUGAUGCUCAGAAGGAGCACCCGCAAGAGGAAAACACUGACAUUUUUCAGCGAUGAGGAGCCAUUCAGACAUGAGGAGGUGAAAGAGAAGAGAGUUAAUGGAACAGCAGGUGCAGCCAGGCUCCUGAGGAGAAACAUCAAAAUAACUCAAGAUAAAAUCAAUAAGCUGUUGAAGGAAAAGUCUGGAAAAUCUAGCAGAGCAUCCCCAAGGAAAGUCAGUAAACAGCCGGAUGAUAACAUGGCUAAUAACAGUGUCCAGGCAGACGUUAAAACUGAGGUUUCAGCUCCAGGUGUGAACAUUGACAGUAGAUUAGACCCCGAGAAGAUUCAGCCUGAGGCAGUCACAGCAAGCAGUAUGAAUGGCAGAACAACAGCUGCAGACUGCCUGAAUAUAUCCCCGAUGGAUGUCAAAGCCGAAGCUGGUAGCCUGCCUGGCAAUAUGAGUACUUGUUACAGUGUUACUGUGAACGGAUCCUCAAAAAGCCAUGCAGAAAGUGAUGAGGAUUUUGCUCCUACUGAGGGUGAAGAAGAAAGUGAUGGCUACAGCCCAUCAGAAGAUGAAAACUACACAGAGAUGGAUGAAGAGAAGAUCAAUGAAGCAAGCAAAUAUAUCUUUUCCUGCACUUACUGUGAAUUUGCUGCGACAGACCUCAUGGAGCUGAGAAGUCACUACAAUGAAAGUCAUCCUAACGACAUUUUAACCUGUCAGCCCUGCAGUCAGUAUUUCCUGUCACUGAAAGCCUAUAAGAUCCAUUGUUCAGGCCGGGGCCACCAACUGAAACUGAGGGAACAGUCAGGGGAAACCAAAAUGCACAAGUGCAAGAUCUGUGGGAAGCGGUUCCUGCAGGAGUCCUGCUGUCUGCUGCACAUGGAGACCAUUCACAGACACCCCAGCUGUGAGGCGGACCUGCAGCGCAUCCACAAGGGGCAGGACCUGGUGACCCAGCUGUAUGGGGAUCAUGUCAAGCAGGUUGAAAGUCUCAGUAACGAUACAUCGGUUUCCUGCCCAGAAUGUGGCAAGUUUGUGCGAAAGGACACAUUGGUGGAGCAUCUUCGUUUGCACACUGGGGAACGCCCCUACGCUUGCCGCUUCUGCAGCAAAGGAUUCGCUGGCAGGCUGACUUUACGCCGACACAUCUCCAGUCACCUGAACAUGCCCUUGUUUAUGUGCCAUCUGUGUGGCAAGGAAUUCAAGCGCAACAGCCACCUCAUCAAGCACAUUCGGCAGCAUGAUUUUGAGAAGAAGGGGGAGAAGCAUACAUGCCAUGUGUGCAAGGCUUGGUUCUACACACCGGAGGAACUUAUUCGCCACAUGAGGCGCCACGGAGACCGCAACUACAAGUGCACCUGGCCAGGGUGUCACUGGACGUUUGUUCUCAGCGGGGAGUUGAAGUCACACAUGUUUACUCACACCGGUGAGAAGAAAUAUCUGUGCGACAUGUGUGGCUUUGGCGCACCCACAAAAACCAGGCUGAGGCGGCACGUCAAAACUCACGACAAGUCCCGCAACUUCACCUGUGAUUACUGCCCCUAUAAAGCCACUUGCAAGACACACCUGAAGCGGCACAUGCGUAUACACAUCAAUGCUAAACCCUUUGCUUGCCCCUACUGCAACUACAUAUGUAACACACAUGAAAACAUCCGCAAGCAUAUUCUCAAGACCCAGAAACAUAAAGGGAUGAAACUGUACCCGUGUAGGUUGUGUGGGGCUUUCGGCUGCGACUCCAGUAAGGAGUUCCGAGCUCAUCUGAUGACAGUGCAUGCCAGUUACCUGCGGGAAAAUGCUAUAGAUUCACUAGCAGUCUUUUCUGGUUUGUACAGAAGGGAGGAGGAUUUUCAGAAGCCACAAGAAGGGUCUGAGAUUCUGCAGGUGACCAAAGGGCGGUUUUUCAGGUCUUACCAAAAUCCAAAUGCUCCAAUUGAGCCUCCAAAACCCAAGAAAAUUAAAAAGGUUAAUAAAAUGGAGGAGGUUAAGGUUAAUAUAGUUCCUCCUUCAGAACUAGAAUCAGAGGAUGAGAUGGCUGACAAUCAUCAUCAUCAUCAUGUGGAUCAGCAUGAACAGCACCAUCAUCAGGAACAACAGCAGGAUAGCAAACAUCACAUAACACCACAGCCGAUGUAUCUGCGCCAGGGCAUUCAACAGGGGCAGGAGGGGGAAGAAGCUCUGGUGGUGGUUGAGAACGGGGUGGAGACCCCACACUAUAUCGAGGUCCCCAAUAUGGUGAUCCAUUCCUACGACCCUCAGCAGGUCCAGCAGCUGGCCGGCACCACCGUCUCCUUCACCUCCUCUCUCCUCCAACAUCAGCACCAUCACCUGCAGCAGCAGCAGCCUCAGCCGCUGCCUGUGACCGUCACGGUGUCUGACGAUAACAAAUUUUAUUGGACGCUAGUGCCGGAACAGCGGGCCGAAACCACGGCAGUUCCUGUGGUCACGGCUGAGCCCUGGUACUCGGGGAUGCCGCAGGUUCACGCUCCAACUUCUCAAGAUUUGCAACACUACCGUCCAAUAGAAGUUUCGACCAGCAGUCACGCUGGCCAGUUCCUGGCCGGCUCCUACUUUUCCAACAUUCCCCUGGGGGACAUUCAGAAUAUUCCAAAUGCAGUCGCUGCUGCCCCCAUCUAUACAAGGGUCGGGGACAAUGUAGUUCUACUUAGCGAUCCCACGAGAUCAAAUGGCACUAGUAAUUUAUAG